AUGGCUAUUGGGACACUACAGAGGAGAUUAUCUCCGGCUGCACAGGUGGCGCUGGAUUAUGGAGGUGUUGGCUUUUGUUGUGUUACAGCAUCAAUCCUCUACUAUCUAACCUCCUUCGUCGCCUGCCCAGCAACUCAAACCGCCGAAAAAUGCGAUAACUUGGAAUAUUGGCUAUGGUUUAUCCUAUUCGAAAUUUCAAUAAACCUUUACUUCUUUCACCAAUAUUCAAAACAUAACUGCGUCUCUUUCUGGCAGCGAGUUUCUUGCGUAGCCGACCUCUGCCGUCAUAAUGAUGAGAUCGAAGAUUUCGUGCGUUACGCUGGAGAUGAACAAGGCUCCAAUACUCCAGAUGCCAAAUUCUGCGUCGAUUGUAAUCGCCGGGCCCCGAUCCGGAGCCAUCACUGCUACAUGUGCCAUAUAUGUGUUUUAAGAAAGGACCACCAUUGCUUCAUCACGGGUGCUUGCGUGGGGCUGGGGAAUCAGCGUUAUUUUAUCGUGUUCAACUUCUGGGCGAUGAUAGGCGCGGCGUUAUGUUCAUCAUAUAUCUUGUCAUAUCUUGAUCAUGCUGUACAGCCAUGGUAUCCAUUUGGCUGGGUGCAUUUCUUGGCACCUGUAGCUGUUGUGAAAUGGAUUCUCGGGAAGGAGCUGCUGGUAAAUGCGGCGAUAUGCGUGGCUUUUUCGUUUGGAGCUGCUAGUUGUAUUGCGUCGAUGGCAUUUUUUGCUAUUCAGAUUUUCUAUACUUGCCAUGGGUAUACGAUGUACGAAUAUCAUUCGCUGGGGAUUCGUGAAGAAUUUGAAGGUGAUGGCCGAACGAUAGGGGAACGUAUGCGACUCGUUUUUGGACCCUGGUGGGGCCUAAAUUUCAUCGUCCCAUGCCCCUGGAUCCACCAAAGAUUAACCCCCGAAAUUGCGAAUAAUUUAUUCCGAGUUAGAAGCAAAUUGUUG